AUGAAAAAGAGGGUUGAGAAAGUCGUGAAAGAGAAGGCAGCUGGUAACUUUGAGGAUGAGUUUUCAAAAACUGCUGAUGAUUAUCAGUGCUCUGGCAGUCUGGAGAUGGACUUCCCUGAGCUGUGUUCUCUUCUGGGCAUGAAGGAGAUCCCUGCUGUAACCCCACGACCUCCAGCCUCUAGCCAGUCCCAGAUGGGUGCUGGUAUAGCGACUACAACGUGGUGCCCUAAACCACGCCUCCAAGUGGAGCUGGAGAGCGAGGACCCUCGCAGUAUUAAGGAGGUCAGGGUGUGUGGGUGGAAGGUGGAUGAGCUGAUGGCUCGAGUGCUUAACAAGACACUUCCAGCCCUAAGCAACCUACAGAAUCUGCAUCUGUGGCGUGCUGGUCUGACGGGGCGAACUCUGACCUCCCUGAAGAAUACAAUAUCUCUCUGCUCAAACCUAAGGACUGUGGUUUUGGAGGGAAACCCACUACCAGAGCAGAGUUAUCAUCUCCUUAUAUCUGAAGACAGUAUGCUUACUCAUGUAUCACUGCGUAAUAACCGGAUUGGCGAGGAGGGAGCUCGCCUGAUUGGCUCAGCCCUCGCUACAGCCCACGCUGCCAACAAUAAUCUUCUGUCACUCAAUCUGGCCUUCAAUUCCAUUGGUGAUGCGGGCGCUGCUCAUAUAGCACAGGGUUUGCGUCUGAAUCGCUCUUUGCUGUGUCUCUCUCUGGCCAAUAAUCAUAUUGGAGACACAGGAGCCUCUCGUCUGGCAGAGGUGCUGGGUCCCUUUUCUCUGACCCAUGAGGAGGUUGUUGAGAGGAGGAGGCUGCUGCUCAGAAGAGACCAGUCGCCCUCUCAUGCUGACUCUAAGUGUGAACGACCUCUCUCCAUCCCCAGCAGCUCCUCACUGGAGCGCAACGUCAGCAAAGGAGCCAAGGUUGCCUCCAAGAAAAAGGACACAGCCAAAAAGGAUGAGAAGCCAGCAGCAAACCAGACAGGAGGGGUAGCAGGAAAGAAAGAGGAACCAAAGUUGGCCAGAAAAGCCUCUGACACCAAGUUGCCCCGGGGUAAAGGGGGAAAGUCAGGGGGUAAAGAGAAGCGCCCAUCUGUGUUGGAUCAAGAGGAGAAGGCCAAUGCUACACAGAAUAAGUCAGCAGAGUUGGUUGAGACAGUGAGCCCCCUGCUGGAGCCGGGAGUGCAACACACUGGAGGCCGAGUAAUUCUGCCUGGGAACACAGCCCUCACCUCCCUCAACCUAGCAGGCAACAUGCUUUCAGAGCAGUCGCUGCUCCUCUUCCUAUCCUCAGUGGGGGCGCAGACUGAAGGGGGAGGUCUGCUUCGUCUCUGUCUCAAUAGAAACCGUUUCCCUCCAGACUGUGAUUCCUUCCUCAAGAUAAAAGAACUGAUGUCACUCAGGGAUCCUCUCAACAAAACGGCCUCUGCUCAAGUAGAUGACGAACAGGGGCAGGCAGCAUAA